AAACUCCGGAGCGAGGAUGCAGCGUUCCUUUUGGACUAGGAAGCGCAAUGGAGAUGGCAGGGACAUUCCUAGGAAGGCAGGCGCCCGGGCCUCUUCCAACCGCGGCUUGCAUUUCAGUGCAGGCAGUUUGCAAGGGCGCCCUGCCGGGGUGUGGUUAGCGAUGGGGCUGGCCCCAUCGGAGGGCUUCGCAGCCAUCUUUUUGCCAGCGCUGCUGCUGCUGUGUGGCUUGUGCCGGAUCCUGCUGCUCUAGAGUUAGUUUUCCGCUUGGAGGAAAAUGAUCCACAGUCUGUUUCUUAUAAACUGUUCUGGUGAUAUAUUCUUGGAGAAGCACUGGAAGAGCGUUGUCAGCCAAUCUGUGUGUGAUUAUUUCUUUGAAGCUCAGGAGAGAGCGGCCGAUGUUGAAAAUGUGCCUCCUGUCAUCUCCACGCCUCACCACUACCUCAUCAGCAUCUAUCGGGAUAAAAUAUUUUUUGUGUCUGUCAUACAGACAGAAGUGCCGCCACUCUUUGUCAUUGAAUUCCUUCACCGUGUAGCAGACACUUUUCAGGAUUACUUUGGAGAGUGCUCAGAGACUGCAAUUAAAGACAAUGUUGUUAUUGUCUAUGAGCUUCUUGAAGAAAUGCUGGACAAUGGCUUUCCUCUGGCAACAGAAUCCAACAUCCUGAAAGAGCUCAUUAAGCCUCCCACGAUCCUGCGCUCCGUUGUCAACUCCAUCACAGGCAGCAGCAAUGUGGGCGAUACUCUUCCAACUGGGCAGCUGUCAAAUAUUCCCUGGAGAAGAGCAGGAGUAAAGUACACCAACAAUGAAGCUUACUUCGAUGUGAUUGAAGAAAUAGAUGCCAUUAUAGACAAAUCUGGCUCCACAGUCUUUGCAGAAAUUCAAGGGGUCAUUGAUGCCUGCAUCAAACUCUCGGGGAUGCCUGAUCUUUCACUUUCUUUUAUGAAUCCAAGACUCCUGGAUGAUGUGAGCUUUCACCCCUGUAUUCGAUUCAAGCGCUGGGAGUCGGAAAGAGUGCUCUCCUUCAUUCCCCCAGAUGGAAACUUCAGAUUGAUUUCCUAUCGAGUCAGCUCACAAAAUUUGGUGGCCAUCCCAGUAUACGUGAAGCAUGCGAUUGGCUUCAAGGACAACUCAUCUUCGGGAAGAUUUGAUGUCACAAUUGGGCCCAAACAGAACAUGGGGAAGACGGUGGAAGGAGUCCUCAUGACCGUUCACAUGCCAAAAGCGGUGCUCAACGUGAACCUUACAGCCACACAAGGCAACCACACGUUUGAUCCUGUCACCAAAGUGUUAACAUGGGAUGUUGGCAAAAUCACCCCGCAGAAGCUGCCCAGCCUUAAAGGGGUAGUGAAUUUGCAGUCUGGAGCGCCCAAGCCAGAAGAAAACCCCAACCUGAAUGUUCAGUUCAAGAUACAGCAGCUGGCUAUUUCAGGGUUAAAAGUAAACCGCCUUGACAUGUACGGAGAAAAGUACAAACCGUUUAAAGGUGUGAAGUACAUCACAAAAGCAGGGAAAUUCCAAGUGCGAACAUGAGACUCAAGAUCCCUGCUUUCUUGGCAGAUCAAUGUUGGGUUUUCUUGGGAUUCCCCCACCCCAGUUGAGGGGAAACAAGAUGACUUGGUGACUCCAGUUACACUAGAUGCCAGUUUUAACAGUUCCUCUUGAUUAGACUCAUUCCCAUGCACUACACAUCUUCAAAUUAAAUCAUAGUUUAAAUAGGUCUUUA